AUGGCGGAGUUUAGACUCGAGACAGGUUUUCCUUUUGAAAAAGGACACAGAAGACCAACACUAAGCUCUAAAGCGAAGCACGCCUGUGUGAUUUUGAUGCUGGUCGCCUUUGUCCUCGGCACCAUACUCCUGAAUAUUUACCGAUGGAUACCUCAGGCAGGAAUAUGCGGUCAAAUCAUAGAAUUUGUUUCUUUGAUCGUAGGAAUUUCACCCUUCUUUUCUGUUCCGGUGGCCAUUUUUAACUGCAUCGCAUUAAUUUUGUACAAUCCAUUCCACCAAAACGCAGUGUCCCAGCCAGCAUCCGUAUCUAUUCCGUUCAUCUGUUUCCGGAUAGUUACGAGAGGUAAUAUCCCAGGAUUUGUAAUAAAAAAUGCCGCAUAUAACAGAGAUCUGUGUCUUAAAUUUGGACUUCAGCGAUUCGUUAUUGAAAUAGUGUCAGACAAGGCGAUAAAUUGUCAAGAAAAAGACAUGAUACGUGAAAUUGUUGUUCCAAAGAGCUACCGUACUGGGAAUGGAAGCUUGUAUAAAGCUAGGGCACUAAAUUACUGUUUAGAGAAACAUGUGAAUACUUAUGCUGGAAAUGACUGGAUUGUACAUCUGGACGAAGAAACACUACUGACCGAAGCGUCGUUGUCGGGAAUUUUGCACUUCACAACAGAAGGAAGUGGUGAUAUCGGACAAGGACCGAUAAAUUAUGCAAGUGGGCAGAUCAUACACAAUUGGGUAACUACAUUAGCUGACAGUAUGAGAUUGGCGAUUGAUUACUCGUUGUUCAGGUUUCAGUUUGCAUUCCUACAAAGACCUGUAUUUGGUUUCAAAGGAUCAUACAUUGUUAUCCGCAAUAAGGUAGAAAUGGAAGUUGGCCUUGACAAUGGACCAGAUGGAAGUAUUGCCGAAGAUUGCUUCUUUGCAUUAAAAGCGUGGUCAAGCGGAUAUAAAUUUGGGUUCAUCACGGGGGAAAUGAAUGAAAUGAGCCCGUUUACUUUAAAAGACUAUAUCCUUCAACGCCGGCGGUGGUUUGUAGGCCAAGUCUAUUGUGUGCUUAGCAAAGAGAUCCCUGUCGUUAAUAAACUUGGGAUCUCAUUGUCACUCCUAUGCUGUGUGCUUAUGCCUAUCAGCUUAUCAAACAUUCUCUUUGACAUUGCUUGUCCAGUGCAAAAACCUAUGCUAUACUGCUACUUAAAUGGUCUAAUAGGUGGAACAUUUGCUUUUCUUUAUUGUUUUGGCACGUGUAUUUCGUGUGCUAAACGGAACUGGUCUGGCCUUAGGCUAAUUAUUGUCAGUAUCUGCUGUAUUUUCAUCAUACCUAUUGCUGCCGCGAUGGAAAGUAUAGCAAUUUACUGGGGGUUAUUCACCAUAAAGUCUAAAGAAUUCUUCAUUGUACAGAAAGAUUUUCCAAACGCAAACGAGCGAAGAGGCCACGUCAAAGUUGUGUAA